GUGCGCGUCAUGACGUAGGGAAUGUGAGUAGCUGGAGCCGCCGAUUGCUUUGGAAAAGUGGUGCUUUGAAGACAAUCCACUAAGCCCCACUACGCAAUGUAAUCGACUGAAAUGUGUCAGAUGUUUUUGGACAAGAAUCCGUUCAAUCUCGCUACUACUUCGAGUCGUUUGGGUGCACGUUGAAACGUCGAGGCCUGCUUUGUUAGCCUAGCCUAGUUUAGCAGCUAACAAAAGAGAACAAACAACGCGCCAGGGAUAAACACGUCGCCGAGCAAGCAAACGUCAAGUCCCAAAAUGUCAGAUGUCAGUCAAGCGCAUCGUCCUGAACGCCAGGAGUCUCCUCGCAUGAAGGAAGAGUCGCCAUACAUCAAGAAGGUGGAGGAAGAAUUCGUCCACAUUAAAGAGGAGCAGGAGGAGUAUUUCAUGAGAGUGGAGAACCCCCACAUUGAGGAGCAGCAGCAACAUCAUCCCCUCAAAAAGGAGGAGGAGGACCCUCCAUAUGUUAAAGUGGAGGUGGUGGACAUCCUCAAGUGGACUGAUGAGCCCUUGAAGGGUGAAGAUGGCAGUGUGAGGGAGGCCAGCAGAGGGUCGAAGCCUCAGAAUGGCAGCAACAGCAGUUCAAAAGAAGGAUCUCAAGCAGACAACCUCAUCGCUCGACCAUCAAAGAGUGACGAUUUCACAUCAAACUCCCUGUUCUGUUUCAGCAAAUAUCUUGGUCCUGACGCUGAACAGCUAAAGAGAGAAGUACAACUUCCAAUCAAAAAGGAGGAGGUACAACUACCAUACGUGAAAGAUGAGGACGAUAUCACCAUGUCGACUGCUGAGUCCUUGAAUAGCGAGGAUGGUCCGAGUGAGACCAGCAGAGGGAUGGAGCCUCCAAGCAGCAGCUCAACGGAAGGAUCGCAAGCACACAUUUUCAUUGCACCAACAGAUAGAAAUGGUGCCACGUCACACUCACCUUACAAAGAUGGAGGUCAGAAGAAAUCUCACCGUGACGACAAACGCUGCAAAUGCUCUCAGUGUGGGAAAACCUUUGUUAAUAACUAUAGUUUUCGUAUGCAUAUGAGGAGCCACACUGGCGAAAAACCUUUUUCCUGUUCAGUUUGUGGUCAAGGAUUCACUAGAAAGCAAAACUUAAAAAUACACACAAGAACCCACACUGGUGAAAAACCUUUUUCCUGCUCAAUUUGUGGUCGAAAAUUCAUUCAGAAGAGGAACUUAGACAGCCACAUGAGAACCCACACUGGUGAAAAACCUUUUUCCUGCUCAGUUUGUGGUCAAGGAUUCCGUCAUAAGAGUGCCUUAAAUAUACACACAAGAACCCACACUGGCGAAAAACCUUUUUCCUGCUCAUUUUGUGGUCAAGGAUUCAGUUGUAAGAGUGCCUUAAAAGUACACACAAGAACCCACACUGGCGAAAAACCUUUUUCCUGCUCAGUUUGUGGUCAAGGAUUCAGUCAUAAAAGUGCCUUAAAAUUACACACAAGAACCCACACUGGCGAAAAACCUUUUUCGUGCUCAGUUUGUGGUCGUAAAUUCAUUCAGAAGAGGAACUUAGACAGCCACACGAGAACCCACACUGGUGAAAAACCUUUUUCCUGCUCAGUUUGUGGUCGAGGAUUACGUCAUAAGAGUGCCUUAAAAGUACACAUAGGAACCCACACUGGCGAAAAACCUUUUUCCUGCUCAGUUUGUGGUCAAGGAUUCAGUUGUAAGAGUGCCUUAAAAGUACACACAAGAACCCACACAGGCGAAAAACCUUUUUCCUGCUCAGUUUGUGGUCAAGGAUUCAGUCAUAAGUGUGCCUUAAAAUUACACACAAGAACCCACACUGGUGAAAAAACUUUUUCCUGCUCAGUUUGUGGUCAAAGAUUCAAUAGUGUGCAAAGCUUAAAAAUACACACAAGAACCCACACUGGUGAAAAACCUUUUUCCUGCUCAGUUUGUGGUCAAGGAUUCAAUAGGAAGCAUCACUUAAAAAUACACACAAGAACCCACGCUGGUGAAAAAACAUUUUCCUGCUCAGUUUGUGGUCAAGGAUUCAGUCUCAAGAGUAUCUUAAAAGUACACACAAGAACCCACACUGGUGAAAAACCUUUUUCCUGCUCAGUUUGUGGUCAAAAAUUCGCUCACAAGGAUUGCAUUAAGAGACACGUGUGCAUUGGGUGAGAAGCAGUGGCCAAUGACAUCCACGCUGCCUUCAUCAGAUUGUGCACACAGGUCAAUUGUCAGGUCUGUAAAGUUUCCUCAAAUCCUGUUGAGGAUUGACAGUAAUGGUACACUAUUGCCAAAAGUAUUGGCUCACCUAUUUAAUUCUCAAGUUGAGUGGCAUUAUUUAUACAAUACUCACUCUUUCAAACUAUACGUUUCACAGCUAAUAUUUGAAACAGUAGACCCCUAAUUACAAAAAAUCUAAAUCAUUCACCAAUAAUAUAAUUACAUAAAUGUGGAAAAAUAUGAUUGGCUCACAAAUAUUAGUUUUUUUGGGGAGGGUUGAUUAUGUAUAAUUUAAAAAGUUACUACUCUUGAUUGACAGUGACAUAUUAUGACGGAGUAUUGGAGCCAAAUAAAGGGAGGGGAAAAAAGGACAACGAAAUUAAAGUUGUACUCUUACUACAAGAAAAAAAGUAUUAUUACGAAGGGGUAACGUGGCUGAAUAAGAGGCUACAAACUUUAUGUCAUGUUCCUUAGCUGGGGGCUCCGACAAAGCAUCAGUAAAAUCCUUCCAUUGAUUAUAAUUUGAUGUAGAGCCUCACAAGAUGCUUUCAUUAUUGUUGACUUUAGUGGAGGCGACAAAGCGCUACAAAGUACGUGGCUGCUUAUUCAGCUACAUUACCCCUACGUAACAGGACAACUUUUUUUCCUCCAAGUAACAGUACGACUAUAAUCUCGUAGUCCUCUUUUCUUUUUUUUGGCCUAAUAAUUUGUCGUACAAAUCGGACAAUGAUUAUUAAAAUUGUUUGAGCUUUUAAUGAUUUCAGCCCCUGUCGAUGACUUCAGCCCCCUCUCGACUCUGCUUCGAAUUUUAAAGUGCUUGUACUUCACCGUGCUUGUUAAUUUUAUUCAUUAUAAACAACUUGUUUUUAUUCAGUCCUAGCCUCCUCUUCCCUUUGUUCAGAACAAGUCUAAUUAUAAUUACAAUAACCCAAAACUAGGGUUGUAACUAAAACAGAUACUUCGUUACCAAGUUGAUUCUAAGAUUCAGAAAAUGUGACGGGACUGCCUUUUCUGCAAUACCCGAAGUAUCGCCGGUACCAACGUGGCAGAUCUGGCCGCUUUUUGUGUGUGACUUACGAGGCUGCACAAGUUGCCCUACAAGUGGUCAAUUACACCGCUCAAAUGGGGGUUGGAAAUGAGCGGUUAUAUGGCAACCCACGCUGUGUUAAAGAAUGAGAAAAGCAGUACACGUAUGCAGCAUGGCAGUGACGUCCAUUUACGUCGUUUAAAAAACAUUUUUUUUUUUUUAAAUUUACUUUUUUUAGUCUAACCCCUUAACACCUAACUAUUUUUUUCCAAACCUUUGAUGUUGCCUUCAUAUUUCAAAGAAAAAAAAUCAAAAUUGCCCGAUUGGAUCCCUUUUUUAGGACACAAUAAGCUUCAUGUCCAAACUGUUGUUUUCUUCUUCAACCAAUUAUAAUCAACAUUUUGUACCCAAAAAGACAAAAAAUCACAACAUUUUUGUCAAAAUUUGUAAUAUAGAUGUCCUUUUGACAACCAAACAUGCUCGACGAAACGUUUUUAAGCGUGAUAUUUAUUCAACUUGUUAGGAUAAACAUUCAACAGAAAAAAAUGAGACUGAAUAGUUUAAUAUUUGAUAAUUCAACAAAAAAAGCAGGUAUGGUCAAAGGCAAGAGUGCAAAAUAGUGGCUAUAUAUAUAAACAUGUUAUACAGUGUGUAGUACAUUAUAUACGUAUUUAUAUUCAUUGGGGCAAAUAAGUAUUUAGUCAACCACUAAUUGUGCAAGUUCUCCCACUUGAAAAUAUUAGAGAUGCCUGUAAUUGUCAACAUGGGUAAACCUCAACCAUGAGAGACAGAAUGUGGAAGAAAAAAAACAGAAAAUCAUAUUGUUUGAUUUCUAAAGAAUGUAUUUCCAAAUUAGAGUGGAAAAUAAGUAUUUGGUCACCUACAAGCAAUAUAUCUGGCUGUCAAAGAGGUCUAACUUCUUCUAACAAGGUCUAACGAGGCUCCACUCAUUACCUGUAUUAAUGGCACCUGUUUUAACUCAUCGGUAUAAAAUACACCUGUCCACAAUCUCAGUCAGUCACACUCCAAACUCCAGUAUGGCCAAGACUAAAGAGCUGUCGAAGGACACCCGAGACAAAAUUGUAGACCAGCAAUAGGUAAAACAAUUGGUGUAAAGAAAUCAACUGUGGGAGCAAUUAUUACAAAAUGGAAGACCACUGAUAAUCUCCUUCGAUCUGGGGCUCCAUGCAAGAUCUCACCCCGUGGCGUCAAAAUGAUAACAAGAACUGUGAGCAAAAAUCCCAGAACCACACGGGGGGACCUAGUGAAUGACCUACAGAGAGCUGGGACCACAGUAACAAAGGCUACUAUCAGUAACACAAUGCGCGGCCAGGGACUCAACACAGGUUCUCGUGUUUGGAGGAGAUAGAAUACUGAAUUGCAUCAGAAGAACACCAUACCCACUGUGAAGCAUGGGGGUGGAAACAUCAUGCUUUGGGGCUGUUUUUCUGCAAAGGGACCAGGACGACUGAUCUGUGUAAAGGAAAGAAUGAAUGGGGCCAUGUAUCGAGAGAUUUUGAGUGAAAAUCUCCUUACAUCGGCAAGGGCAUUGAAGAUGAGACGUGGCUGGGUCUUUCAGCAUGACAAUGAUCCCAAACAUACAACCAGGGCAAAAAAGAAGUGCCUUCGUAAGAAGCAUUUCAAGGUCCUGGAGUGGCCUCGCCAGUCUCCAGGUCUCAACCCAAUAGAAAAUCUGUGGAGGGAGUUGAAAGUCUGUGUUGCCCAACGACAGCCCCAAAACAUCACUGCUCUAGAGGAGAUCUGCAUGGCAGAAUGGGCCAAAAUACCAGCAACAGUGUGUGAAAAGCUUGUGAAGAGUUACAGAAAACGUUUGGCCUCCGUUUUUGCCAACAAAGAGUACAUAACAAAGUCUUGAGAUGAACUUUUGGUAUUGACCAAAUACUUAUUUUCCACCAUGAUUUGCAAAUACAUAAAUGGAUAAUAAAAACAAAUAAAUAAACCAAACAAUAUUGUUUUCUGUUUUUUCCCCCCAUAUUCUGUCUCUCAUGGUUUAGGUUGUUUAUUAAUACAAUUAAAAUCCAAUUUCAAAGCACGAUUUACAGUUUGAAUAGAAGUUUGUGACUUCAAGCCGUUAUAUGAAUGGGUUUAUGUGUGUGGUUUCUUUACAAAAAGAAAUGAGAGCACUUUGCUAUAUAGCAAUAACUAAAGCACUGGCCAGCUUUACUACGUGAUUGCUUUUGAUUUUGCCGUGCGAUUUGACUACACAAAAAAAAAAAAUGCACAUGCACUAUUUCAACUUUCAUUGUAUAUAUACAUUAGUUGUCUUUAUACACAUUACUGAAUCCAUUAUUGUAUUCAUCAUGUAAGAGAGCCAAUUAAAACACUUAUCCAUAAUCAUUGCUUAAUAUAUACGUAACGCGAUUGCACAAAUUAUAUGACUUUUGUCCCUCUGAGAUUGGCGUACACAGCAAAAUCUGUGGCGUAGAUUUUUUACAGAACAUAGCAGUCCCUUGCUAUGUCCUCAUUUUUAAUUCCUUCAGUCAUUUGUUUCGUUGUGAUUCUGUCGAGGCCCCACACAUUUUUUCUGAUGUAGUGUAGCAGUCUUAACUUCAAAGCAGCACUUAUAUUUUGUCCACAGUUUAUUAUGUUCUCCCAAAUCUUAUGAGCCUCUUUACAAGUGGAUGCUGUCAUUCUUGGGUAUCUUUCUGAAUGCCAGAUAUCUGAUAAUGACUGGGCUUCUGUCCCUGGAAUCAUUGAGCUGAUGCAUUGCACAUUACUCAUUGGUUGUAAAUUGGCUUCAUACACACUCUGUAAACUGGCGAUGACAUCCCUGUGGCUGUCUGGCAAAUAGUAGUCUUCAUAAUGGUGUACAAGCAGUGUUUCCCACAUACUGAUAACACCAGUUCCAUUGUUUGCAGUCUGUAACUCUGUCAAGAAGGCAUUAACGUCCUCAUUUUUGACAUGACUGCCGUUUGGACGUGGAUCAAAAUAUUUAACUUUUGUUGGAAGGACUUUACUGUAUGAUUUGAUUAUGAUGCUGCCAGGAGUUUUUCGUUUACGACCCUUUUUCCACUGACAUGGUAGCUCCGUACAAGCCGUUGUUUUCCCAGCAUCAGUGUCGACAAAUUUUGUCAAAAAUAGAAGAAGGGCUGCAACGUGACUGCACCGCCCUAGGGCUGAUGCUCUACAUUGACACUAGGCCUGAACGAUAUAUCGUUUAAACAUCGCCAUCGCGAUGUGCGCAUGCGCAAUAGUCCCAUCGCAAGGACGUGCGAUAGUUUUUUCAUUUCAUUUUUUUAAAUCCACAAACGUUUGUUUUGAGCAAGGAGCGAGAAGGAGAGUGAACAGUCUCUCAUUCUCUCCAGCUCGCAGUCAUCGGCUCCUCCCCCUCCCCUGCUAGAGCGGAGUGGAGGGAGGAGGGGCCGAACAGCAGAGCGGAGGGAGGAGGGGCCGUUUUCAAAGUGAAAGCAAGCAAUCAAGCAGCACGUUGAAUAGGGAAGACUGUCUCCAAAAGGAGUUUUGGAAGUAUUUUGGCUAUCGACAAGAAUAUAAGGAACAAAAAACAGCCCUGUUGACAGUGCCUCGCCAUGGUUGCCUCAACAAGAAGUAAUCCGUCGAACAUGUGGGACCAUUUAAAACGCAGGUAUCUAUGCAUUCCUGCUACGAGCUUCCCAUCAGAGGCUUUUUAGUACAGGUGGGAACAUUGUUACGUGCCAACGUUGUUGUCUCAAGCCUGCAAUGGUGGAUAAACUAGUAGUCUUGGCCAAAAACCUAUGAGACCCAGUUGAGAAUUGCUGAGCAAGGAAGGUGGACGAUAUGCAGACAAAUACAUAAAUUUGGGAGUUAAAAUGGUUCUGUUAUUCAUCAGUUAUUUGCUGUUAUUCAGUUCAAUUAUUUACAAGUUCAAUUGAGUUUCUGUUUCUUUUAUAUUUAAAUUAACUGUAAAUCGUAUUUUUCAAAUAACUAUAGUACAGCUGCACAUAAAGUUUUGAUACUUAAUAUUUUUAAAAUAUUUUUACAACUUUGUUGCAGUUUUGCAGUUCUAUAUUGUUAUAUUUUGUGUAAACAACUCGGGACUAAUGCACUUGCACUUUUAUUUGACAGAUUUAAUAUUUAAGUUCAAAUAUGUUGACAACUUUAUUGUUUUACUGAGGUUCUUAUUUAUUGUUAUAGUUUGUGAACAACUCUUAUUUGUCAUAUUUAAUAUUUUUGUUCAAAUAUGUUUACAACUUUGUUGUUAUUUUACCGAAGUUGUUAUUUAUUGUUAUAUUUUGUCAAAAACUCAGGGGACGAAUGCACCUGCUCUUUUAUUUGUCAUUUAAUGUAUUUGCUGCUGUUGAAGUGUCAAAUAUUGUGUUCAAGAAAUUAUCUAUUUUGUGCAGACAUGGCUUCCUGGAUCCCUUCAUAAUAAUACAGCAAUCUUAAUCAUUCACAAAUGAAACGGUAUUAUAUGAAUACACUGUGGUCACGGUGUGUCAUGCAAAGUAUUUCCAAACAGCUAUUCAAGUCAUCUAGUGAAU